GUGCUCUCAUGGUAGGACCAGGACGUUUUCAUUGCUUUAACAUUCAUGUCUACAACUCCUCACACAGUUAGCAAACCGGAAUGGUGCAGCUAUCGGCAAAUUCAGAUGCGGGGACCGGCGCGACGAGCGCUUCUUACAGCGCUUCUAGCAGAGGAGGGCUGACGUCGGGAGCAAUAGCGGUCAUAACGGAGCGGCUCUCGGAGUUGCAGGAGCUCCAAUUGCCCUCCAGCCUUUACCGUGACGCAGGGGGUGGGGCGCCCUCAGCCCACGCGAUCCUCCUAUACCUGGAGGCGCUGCUGCAAAAGGACCCAGCUUCCUUCCUGGCCAGGUAUGGCGGCGUGCUUCAGAGCCAAGAGCUCAAUCACUUUGAGCCGCUGCGCUCCUCGGACUUUGAGGUGGACCACUGGCUGCGCCACUACGCCGCGCAGCAGAUGGCGGCGGCAGGGCGGGCGGCGGACCCCAGGCGGCUGCCUGCCCAGAUCAAGAACCGGCGGCUGGCGGCCAUGCGGCGGCUGGAGGGAGAGGGCGACUACUUCAGUGAGGACUCCAUGCGCCACCGCGCCCCACUGCUGUACCACCAGCACAUCGGGCGGUACGCGCCGCCGCAUCGGCCGCCCGGCCAGGCACAGGAGCAGGAGCAGGGGCAGGAGCAGGGGCCUGGCGUGGCCGGCGGCAGCGAGGCACAGGGCGACGAGGAUGCUGGAGGUGCCUGCGUGAGGCCAGGUGCGGGCGGCGUUGGAGGCAGCUGCCUUGCCGCAGCACUACAGCAGGCCUUUGCAAAGAGCGGCGACGGCGCCGCCGCGGGAUCAGGAGCAGUAGUAGGCGGGACGACAGGGCCGCGAGCAGCAGCAGAUGCACCCCUUGAAGGGCAGCAGCACCCGGACACGGGCCGCGGCUCGGGUGCAGGACCGUCUUCAGCCGCAGAGCGGGAUGAUGGGCCGGGGCCGUCUGUGCGGCGAGCUAGCGAAGCAGUGCCGGUCGGCGGAAGCCCUGUUGGCGGCAGUGCGGGUGCUGCAGAGGGUAUGCUGCGGUUCAGUGACUUCCUGCUGCGGCAGAACGACGAGGCGCAACUGGAGCAGCGGCGGCGGCAGGAGCAGCGGGAGGAGGACGCACAAAUGUCCGAGCACGAUAGCGACGACGACGACGAGGCGAGUGGCGACCGCGACGGCGGCGACGACGGGGAAGACACGGGCAUCGCCGAUGAUGAUGACUUCAUGUCGGACGGGGAGGACAGCAGUGGCGCGGCAGGUGCAGCCGCCAAGCGGCGAGGCCAAGGGGCGCGGCAAACGGGCGGCGGCGGCGGUGGAGGGCCAGGGCGGCCGCGGCCUUCGCAGUCACAGCUGGCGGCGCUGCGACGUGACUUCUUUGAGGAAAUGCAAUCGCGCUUCCUGCUGGGGCAGGAUGGUGCGUUUGUGGACUACCGGGCCAUUGAUGCUGACGCGUCGCUGGACGCGGACUGGAUAGAGCAAGAGUCGCGGGACGCAGAGGAUCGCUACUUUGACGAGGACUAAGAUGAAUGUGUGAACUGCCGAGGGCUGAAAAGGAGUGGCAAGGGCGGACAGGGGUUGGCCGUGUUGGUGUUGUUGGUUUUUUAAGUCGCCGCCAGGUCCAGCUGCACCAGUUUGUUGGAGCUGUCGGCGAUGGCACUCAUGGCAGUAAUGUAGGGGG